UUCCACUAAAGGUCUCUGUCUCUAUCUGUCUGACUGACACCAGGCGAAGAAUAGGUCAUACCGGAGAGCUGGCAAACUAUAUAAAGGCUCUGGUGGUGCUGAGAAGCCCAGUGUGGGAUCUGCAACAAUUUGUCCAUCAGUCUUUGUUCAUCUUGCAAUCCAGUUCUCACAUCCAACCAUGUAUAAAGAGGUCGUGCUGACUCUGAGCCUGCUGGUGGCGCUAGCGUGCCGAGCCCAGGCCACCGAGGGUCACCCCAUCUACGGCGUGAAGCUGUGCGGAAGGGAGUUCAUCCGCGCUGUCAUCUUUACAUGUGGAGGCUCACGCUGGAGAAGAUCCAUCAGGAUGCCAGGGGAAACUGGUGAUUUAGCCAGUGACUUUCUCUCCACUCCCGACGAUGAGGCCUCAGACAGCUGGAGCUCCCAACUCAUCCCCCGCCUUCCUUACAAAGCUCAGGCUGACCCGGAGUUGGCCGGCUUGACCGGUGAGGGUCCAGAAAGCUUAGCGUUCAUCCGCCCAGCUCGCUCGCUCAUCUCAGAUGAGGUCCUCGAGGCUCUACGCACCUCGGACAGGAAAGGCAGGGACGUGGUGGUGGGUCUGUCCAACGCCUGCUGCAAGUGGGGCUGCAGCAAGAGCGAGAUCAGCUCCCUGUGCUAAAACGGACACUUCCUUUCCCUCUCCAUCUGACCAUGCAUGUCCGUCUCAUACUGUAAUGUCGAUGUCUGUAAUGUUUGCUGUUAGCAAGGAUGGUGUGUUACGUGGACUAAUUUGAAUGCAGCAGCUGGGGUGUAAUGUAUUAAAAUGUAUGCAAGUGUUGUGUGUCUCUGAAAGACACCGUUUUUUUCUGUGUA